GGUAGUUAGUUUUAUUUAUACGUACCUCAGAGUUUUAAAAACAAAACACAAAUUAUAAAUUGGAACAAUAGGCCGCAAUACUUAUUUAAACAUAUAUUUGAUAGCGGAGUUGAUAAAAAUCUGGUUAUAAAAUUUCAAUGGAAUUAUAUUACUUUGUAAUGUAGUAAAUUUUCAAUUGUAACAUAAGUUUCAAAAUGCUUGGAGCGGUAAUCCGGUUCAUACGUCGUCGGAUUGUUCUUGGGAUAAUAUUUUUUUUAUCGUUAACCUACUUUCUAGUUAGUCUUUUUGGAAGGGGAAGUCAGUUACUAGAUUCUGAUGAAUUCGAAAUAAAAAGACAACAUCCGUUGAUUUGGAGAAGUUUGCAAGAGGAUUCAUCAAAUCGAACUAAUGAUUUAAGUAUAUCGUGCAGAAAUUCUGUACAAGGCAAAGUUCUAAUUGUAGAUGAUCGUGGAUUUGUUUGCCAGCGCUCGGAUUUAUUAUGGACUGGCUGUUGCAAUAUUGAAACACCAAACACCAAACAAUAUUUAUGUGAAACAUGUAAUCCACAAACAAAUUGCUGUGCAAUAUACGAAUACUGUGUAUCCUGUUGUUCAAAUCCAAAUAAAAGAGAACUUUUGGAAAGAGUAAUUUCAAAAUCUAAAGGUAGGCAAUCUGCAGUGUUUGCUUCUGUCAGAGAUCAUUUUGAACUCUGUUUGGUUAAAUGUAGAACCAAUUCGCAUUCAGUACAACAUGAAAAUAAAUAUCGCGAUCCAAAAACAAAACAUUGUUAUGGUGAAACUGAAGCUCAUGAGUCACAAAAAGAGGUUGCAGGUAAUUCGGUGCUUUAAUGCUUGAUAGUUUGAAGCAAGUAUUCUUAUGUGAUUUAAAACUUUAUGAUAUUUAAGAAUUUUAUGGAAAACAAGAAAAUAUGUAGGGGAAAUAUUUUUCCUUGAAAACGUUGUUUCUUAAAAAAACAAUAGACAGCAUACAAAAAUAAUGAAAUUAAUAUAACCCAAUAUUUAUAGUACAUAUUUUUAUUUAAGGUCGCACUUGUUUGUAGUGAAAUUCCUCAUUGUAAUAUU